AUGUUCUCCCAAUUAGUGACUUAUUGUCAAUACCAAAAUGGUCUUGGUAGUACCCUAUCCACAACAACACCAUCCCCGGGACCACCAGCACAGGUUCACUACGUUAAUAUUGGCGCUGACUUAGCCGGAGAUUACAAGCCCAGAGGGAAAGGGAAGGGAAGGUUUGGUUACGACACCGGAAAGGGUCCUAAAGGCCAGAGCUUUCGAGAGGAGACCCGAUCGGCCGACGGCACCGUUAGGGGCGCCUACGGGUACACCGACGCCAACGGACAGCAAAGGAUUGUGAAAUACUCGGCCGGAAAGGAGGGCUUCAAGAUUGAAGACGACUCGCCCGCCCAGGGAGGAGGCAACGCACCCGCACCCACCUCUGCCCCAUACCGACCGCCGCAAACCCUUCCCCCACAGAUCUACAGACCCCAACCCUCUUCCGCACCCCAGUCCUACAGCAGACCCCAGUCCUCGCCUCAGUCCUACCAGUCGUCUCCCCAGUCCUAUCAGUCCCCCUCAGGCAAUGGAUACCUCGAACUCAACGUAAGGCCUGUACCCCAACAAUACAGACCCCCCACGCAAACCCUGCGCCAAGUCCUGUCGAGCCCCUCCCAGUCCGGUGUCUCCUACUCCGGUGGAUCCCUGUCCAGCAGUGUGUCGUCACUCCCGCAGUAUUCAGGCCUAUCCUCGUCAUCCCUGUCCAGCAAUAGUGGAAGUUCUGGCUCUUCUAUAUCAUACCCCCAAAUGCAGCCUCAGCUCCAGCAGUACCGCCCGCCCUCACAGGCCAGACCUCAAGCUCCCGUCGCCUCCUCGCAGCCAAUCCUGCGAUCAUACAGUGGUUUGGCGACCACCUCCCGGCCCGAGGAGGAGACGUGGGGCCCACCCGUAAUAAACACGGCUCUACUCAGCUAUAAUAUAGGCAGUCAGGGGGGUCAACCGGUAUCGCGAUUGUCCUACUCAUCCAGUUCCUCAUCGGAGACGUAUGAGGCUCCACCACCACCUCGACCAUCACCAUCCCGAUCCACGAGUUAUACUGGACCGGUAGCCCCGGCCUAUACUGACUGGAACACCCCUAUACUGAGAUCCUACUCUAAUCUGAGCGGAGGUCCCGCCAUACCCCUGAAGGAGGAGAAGUGGGGCCCUCCUGUCAUUAAUACAGCUUUGCUCAGCUAUAACAUUGGCAGUCAGCAGGGUUAA